CGGCCGCCGGGCCGAGGCAGCUCCGCCUCCCGGGGCGAGGAGUUCAGCCGGGCAAAGGUCGGGCGCGGAGGGCAGGGCGAGGCGAGGGCGGUGAAAGCUCCUCCGGCCCCCGGGCUCGAACUCGCCGUCCGCUGCGCGCCCCGGCCGGGACAUGUCGGUGGUGGAGCUCUACACCAAGUAUACAAGGGUUUGGAUUCCUGACCCGGAGGAUGUAUGGAAAUCAGCAGAAAUCAUCAGGGAUUACAAAGAGGGAGAUAAAGCUCUACACCUGAAGCUUGAAGAUGAAACGAUCGUGGAAUAUCCCAUCAAUCCCAAAGCCAAUGAGCUUCCGUUCCUGCGAAAUCCAGACAUUUUGGUGGGAGAGAAUGACCUGACGGCGUUAAGUUAUCUCCACGAACCUGCAGUCUUACACAACCUUAAAGUCCGGUUCUUGGAAUCAAACCAUAUUUACACCUACUGUGGUAUUGUGCUCGUUGCCAUUAAUCCCUAUGAACAGUUGCCAAUCUACGGACAAGAUGUCAUUUACGCAUACAGUGGCCAAAACAUGGGGGAUAUGGAUCCUCAUAUCUUUGCAGUGGCAGAAGAGGCUUAUAAGCAGAUGGCCAGGGAGAGAAGAACCACCAACAUGAGAUAG